GAAAACUCAAGAAGUCAAGGGAACUAAUAAAUGGCUGUUAUAGCAACGACAGUCGUCAGUGAAUCAGACCAACGGAAUUUGUACCUGAGCAGCGAACAGACAACCUUCUAUGGAAGCUCCCUUCCAGGUUCAGAUGACACGCCCGGAGGAACGGUCUACGCCGAAGACGUGUAUAACACACGGGGAGCACAACGAGCAUCAACUGAAUGGUCUCCACAAACGCAUUCUCCAAACCAGGACGCGCGGGACAGCUUCGGCUUUCAAGGAGCUGCCCCUGGAACGCGUCAAGGUGACUGGCGUCCAUCUGGCGAACGGGUACCACAAGGUGACAGCAAGUCACGUGCCGCAGAUGACGAAUACAGGUCAGAUCAUCACCCACCGCAACAUUCACACCAGCAAGCUUCUAGUGAUGACUGGAAGAUGGGACAGUGGGACCGGCAAGCUUCACCUCGAGACGGAACGGCUGAUAGGCCUCUUGUAAGACCACGGAGUGAGGUCCGCCACGUGUCCUCCGCAUAUUGGAGACCUCCAGCAGACGACAGCACUGAUGUUGUCCAGAGGGACGACAAGAGCGUCACCGGAGGCGAUGCUUGCCGAAAUAUUGGUAGCGGAACCUCGAUUGUGGACUACGAUUUUGUGGACCUCGAGGGAACGCGUCAGUUUAGAAAAGAGGUGCGUGACGCCUAUGGGGUGGUGCGAGGCUGUUACGGAUACACCAAGAGCGACGGGACAUUUCGAGUAGUGGAGUACGUCGCCGACGAUUGUGGGUUCCGUACAGGAAUAAGAACCAACGAGCAUGGUGUCGGUCCUCAAGCUCCUGCAGACGUAGUUCUUGUUGCUGAGCCUCCACCAGCAGCAGUACUCGCAAGAAUACCGGUGGCGUGGCCCCCCAGUGACGAGUCACACCGAGUGAGGACGCCCAGUACGCAAGGCCCCUUCGUGAGCCGUGGAGGCUUCCGAACCAGAGGCUACGGUAACCCUUCGCAGCAGUCAUCAUGGUAGUCGAAUGUCUGGGGAAUCGUAGAUGAUAUGCCAUGAUUCCACGAACGCCUUAAGUUGCAUUAAUAAAGUAGGUGCAGGUACGUUUAUUUGAAUAUUGACUUUCGUUGUCUUAAGGGGACAGGUCCUUGUCACCAUAUGCGGGUUGCGAGGAUUUCAUUUUUUUUUUACAUAUCUCAUGUUGCUGAAGACUAGACCAUAGUAACUGGUGAAGAAGUUUACCGCCUUAUAGAAAGGAAUAUAGCGUGCCCACAAGAAUACUACAUCGCGUGCGGUUGAUACAAGCGCGUGAUUGUUGGCUCUCUUUCUCUCUGUUUUAACACGUUGGCAAAAAUGGGUAGCUUCCGGAAUAACACUUGUUUGUUUACGUGUCCGUGCAAUUUUCUGUUUGUCAGCGUCUCUCUUAAAUGUUACUAAUGUUGUCGACCUCGUCGUCCUGCUUUCGUAGUACCGAAAGCUCCCGUACAAUGUGCUUCCGUAUAACAACCGACAAUUAACAACAAUAUCAUUCCAACAGCAUUUUGUAGCACUACUAUACCAAAGAGUAUAUAAAUAUUUAGUAUGCCUCACGACCAAUCUAAGAAACAACAACGAAUACUUUUAGUCAGUGGUGUAUCCAGGGG